GGGAUCGUAAGAACAGAGGAUUUUUCUCGGCCAAGUUUUCUCUAGCUCAGGUUAAAAUUCGAUUUGUGAGAUCUGUUAGUUAGAUUGUACAUGACGGUGCGAAUUUAUUGAAUCUGUUUAAAUCUAUUGAAACGUGAAACGCAUUUGAGUAUUGUGAGGCUGAGGAAAUUUCUGAAAGUGGUUUUGGGACGAUGAUGCUGGUGUUGCGGAGUUUGCCAUAAUCAGAUCUGUAUGUAUGUGGGUUUCUUGAUAAAAGUUGUAUGAGGAAGGCAUUGGAGAUUUGUGUUGAAGAAUUGAUGUAUGGGAGUAUGAAGGAGGUAAUGUUGUUGGUGUGUGUGGUUGAUGUUGGCAGGUGUUUGAUGUGAAUUUUUUGAGGGAGGGGAAUGAGUUCAAUGAGCAGAAGCAGAAGUCGAAGUAGAAGUCGUAGUCGGGAUCGGUUUCGUAGUCGGAGUCCGAGAGACAGGAGAAUGAGAUCUGAACGAGUUUCUUACCAUGAUGCUCCUUCUAGAAGGGAGAGGGAGCCACGUCGUGCCUUCAGCCAAGGAAAUCUCUGCAACAACUGCAAGCGACCUGGUCACUUUGCAAGAGACUGUUCUAAUGUUUCCGUCUGUAACAACUGUGGUCUUCCAGGGCACAUUGCAGCAGAAUGCACUGCGGAAUCACGUUGUUGGAACUGUAGAGAACCGGGCCACGUAGCCUCAAACUGUUCAAACGAAGGAAUCUGCCACUCCUGUGGUAAAUCUGGACAUCGAGCCAGAGACUGCUCUAAUUCGGAUUCUCGUGCAGGAGACUUAAGGCUCUGCAACAACUGCUUCAAACAGGGACAUCUUGCCGCUGACUGCACAAAUGACAAGGCGUGCAAGAACUGCAGGACUUCAGGUCACAUAGCUCGCGAUUGCAGGAACGAUCCAGUUUGUAACAUCUGCAGUAUCUCGGGGCAUGUUGCUAGACACUGCCCAAAGGGUGACAGCAAUUACUCUGACAGAGGAAGCAGGGUUCGAGAUGGUGGUAUGCAAAGAGGUGGUUUGAGCAGAAUGAGCAGAGACAGAGAAGGCGUUAGUGCUAUGAUAAUAUGUCACAAUUGUGGUGGCCGAGGACACAGGGCGUACGAGUGUCCGUCUGCUCGAGUCGCUGACCGUGGAUUCCGCCGGUACUGAGGCUCUUAAAUUUACCAAUUGAAGUUCCAUUCAUCUUCACCUUUACCCUUUUAGCUUCUGCACUCUUGUUUUUGUUGAGCUACAUUGUUGUUUUCUAAUCUCAUGGUUUUUGUCUAUUGGAGUGAAUCAAGGAUGGUUUUAGUUUUGGUUUGUUUUCG